AUGAAAGCCGAUGAGUGUACCCCCAAGGGCGAAGAAUGGACGCCACUCAUGGCCGCAUCGUGGAGCGGGCACGAGUCCGUGGUCCAGCUUCUUUUGCGGCAGCAGAUCGACUUUGCUGCGCAUCCGGUCCAUUCUUCCCGUGCGCUAACGCACGCAAUCGAGCGAGGCCAUACUAUCAUUGCUCAGGAUAUCACCAUGGCGUUUGCUCGGCCAACAGCAAAAGUCUCUGCAUCGCUCUCAAUUCUGUCUCAAGGAGCGAGCUCUCCUCUGGCAACUGCAACACGGCUGGGAAAGUCGCAAGUGGUUUCAUUGCUCUUAGCUCAUGGAGCCACUGCCAACUCCCGCUGGCAAUUACCAGAUGACGAAUCGAAGCAUACAUAUAGGACUAUGGGUUCAAAACCUUGCAAGUGGCGUGGCAUGAUUACACCGUUGGCGCUUGCUGUGAGCCAAAAUGACAUGGAGAUGAUAGAGGUUCUCAGCUCCUCUAGCGUAAGCUUCGAAGACUACGACUACUUGAGCCUUGCUGCCAGUACUGGUGCUUUUGGCGCGGUUCAAUUUUUGCUGAAACAAGGGUUGGAAGUCCCCAACGACCGCCAAAGGCACUCGGCACUUCUUCUGGCGGCAGAUCGUGGUUACACCGAGAUAGUGAAGGUUCUCUUGGACCACAAUAGAUCUCUCCUGCCUGUGGAAAAGUCAAAAAGUCUGAUUCCUGAUUGGUUCGGACAUUUGAGUCGACCAGUCGCCAUCAAACUAUUGCUUCUCCCCGCAUUCACAGCCGAGGAUGCAUUUCUUGACGCAUGCGAGGCGUGCUCUCUAGAAAACAUCAAGUCUUUCCUCAACAUCGGUAUCUCUCCAGAUGCUAGAAGGAACGGAAGCCACGCGAUCCACCUUGUUUUAAAUGACUCAGGGCACUGGGACAGACCUUCCCGUGAGAGCGAGAGACUUCAUGCUCUGGAGACCUUGCUCGAUCGAGGGGCACAAAUCAGCCAGAAAGACGAGCAUGGGAACACUUGUCUUCACCUCGCAGCGAAGAGAGGCGAAAAUGAGAUUUCUCAGGAUCUUGUUUCCUUCGGAUGUCCCGUCAACGAGAGGAAUCAACUUGGGGAGACUGCCGCGGACAUUGUCGCCCUACAAGGCAAUGCUGCUUGGCUUCAGCAACUUCUUGUGUCUGGAGCCGACCCAGACACCUUGUCCUGGAAGAACGCACUCAAGAGCGGUAGUAUAGACACUUGCAACGGCAAAGAACACAGAGAUAGAAUACCCUCCCAGUUGGGCGUCGAGAUUCUCGCUUUGGUGGAAUUUCUGUCAAUGCUAAGUCAAGUUGCUUCGGAAACCACAGGUCGGAAUUCCUGUCCUAGCAAUAAUCAAUGGGUCAUUUCUCCGGGGACAGUCUGCAGCCUUGACUCUGGCGGAGACAUACUCACGAGACCACCGGAACAUGGAGGUAACGCGCCCUUACGGAGGCCAGCGUCCGGCAGCAGAGGCCAAAGUUCGAAUCGCCAACGCGGCUUAGAUACACCUCUCAGCAAUCCUCGUAGACGAUAUAUUCCCGAGCCUCAAAGAUUGGUACCGGCUUUAAUCCCAGAGAAGACUUCGAAAUCCCGGGACGCAGAGGGAAAACCUUCGGAUGACGAGAAAUCAAACCCUGAAGAGAAGGUCCGUUUUGUCGUCAUCAAAGCUGUCUCCUUUCCUCACGACCAUAUCGAAAUUCAAGAAAAGACUACCGACUUGAAAUUCCUGGAUGACCUGCAGAAGAAGUAUUGGGCUCGAUGUAGCGCGUUCAAGACCUAUCUUUCUAUUCAUCGAUUCCAUCACUGGGGGUUUGAUAAAUAUGAACACUUCAACGGCAACUACAUUUCUAUCGCAAGUGGCUGUGCAAGUAGUACGGAAUUGCCCGGGGCACCGCACGACUUGGACUACGACUUCAAGCGACUGGCCAACGAGUCUCCUCCAAUAUCGCAACCGAUAUUUUACAGUCACUGCUACGAUUGCAAGCCUGACUGCUCUCGAAUCAAACUUUUGCACAGCUGUACAAAUACCUCUACAGGAAAGUUUGACGAAGAAUGCGUCCCUGAGCACAGCGAUCGUAUGGCCGAGCUGCUGUCACGGGUACCCAAGCGACUCCUCGAAUGGCAGCCGAGAAAUCUGGACCAUGAGGUAGCAUACGGGCUAUCUUCAUUUGAGUUACCGAAUGCAUGGGGCUUCUGUAUUUACUCCAUUCUUUGUUUCUUGUUGCCAGCGGGGCUCUUUUGGAUAUUUUGGUUGUCAAUCAUGGGCCACGAAGCCGAUUUACAGAAUGCUAGUGUACCGGCAACACUAGCCGUAGUAUUAUGGGUGACUCUUUAUCAGAGCACGGCGGGCAAGCGAUGGUGUCGGAAGAUGCAAUACUAG